GAAAGGGGUUUCUGAGCCCAGAUCUCCGAUGCUCCCAAGGCACUCAAAACCAGAGCUGUGAGCCUGAAUUCAGAGGCUGUGCUGUGGGGCAGGGCUGGAAUUUGUGGCACCUGUGUGGGGACCGCAGGGCUGAACGUUACCUUUACUGUCCCUGCUCGGGGAUUUUGGGGUACUGGGUUUGGAUAAAGUGUGUCACCUGCAUAGGGAGCACUGUUCUGGAAGUGGACUCUGCUCAGGUGUGGGGGGCCUGCCUGUGGGGCGCACCAUGGACAGGAGGCUGGUGUCUGGUCAGGCUGAGGGAUCUGUGUGCCAGCCCUUCUGGGAAGGCUGAAUGGGGCGGAACUGGUCAGGGCCUGGCACAAACUCCAGGAAGUGCUACUCCCAGAGAGAGAGAGAGAUGGAGAGCCACCUCCCUGGGGGCCUCCUCCCCAUCCCCUUCUGCAUGCCACCGCACCCCAACAGUGUCCCUUGAGGCUGGGCCAUGGGUGGAUCUGAGUCAGGGCAGGGCAGAGUGGGAGUGGCAGUGCCUCUGCCUGUCUCCCUGGCCGUGGCAGGUCCUGUGUCACAUAGAGACCAGGAGAGGUGGCCCGAGGCAGCCGGGAUGACAGCUCUCCCCAGGAAUCCUGCUGCCUGCUGAGAAACAUGGUCAGCAAGUCCCGCUGGAAGCUCCUGGCCAUGUUGGCUCUGGUCCUGGUCGUCAUGGUGUUGUAUUCCAUCUCCCGGGAAGACAGGUACAUCGAGCUUUUUUAUUUUCCCAUCCCGGAGAAGAAGGAGCCGUGCCUCCAGGGUGAGGCAGAGAGGAAGGCCUCUAAGCUCUUUGGCAACUACUCCCGGGAUCAGCCCAUCUUCCUGCAGCUUAAGGAUUAUUUCUGGGUCAAGACGCCAUCUGCUUACGAGCUGCCCUAUGGGACCAAGGGGAGUGAGGACCUGCUCCUCCGGGUGCUAGCCAUCACCAGUUCCUCUAUCCCCGAGAACAUCCAGAGCCUCAGGUGCCGCCGCUGCGUGGUCGUGGGGAACGGACACCGGCUGCGGAACAGCUCACUGGGAGAUGCCAUCAACAAGUAUGAUGUGGUCAUCAGAUUGAACAAUGCCCCAGUGGCUGGCUAUGAGGGUGACGUGGGCUCCAAGACCACCAUGCGUCUCUUCUACCCUGAAUCUGCCCACUUCGACCCCAAAGUAGAAAACAACCCAGACACACUCCUCGUCCUGGUGGCUUUCAAGGCAAUGGACUUCCACUGGAUUGAGACCAUCCUGAGUGAUAAGAAGCGGGUGCGAAAGGGUUUCUGGAAACAGCCUCCCCUCAUCUGGGACGUCAACCCUAAACAGAUUCGGAUUCUCAACCCCUUCUUCAUGGAGAUUGCAGCUGACAAACUGCUGAGCCUGCCAAUGCAGCAGCCACGGAAGGUUAAGCAGAAGCCCACCACAGGCCUGUUGGCCAUCACGCUGGCCCUCCACCUCUGUGACUUGGUGCACAUUGCCGGCUUCGGCUACCCAGAUGCCUACAACAAGAAGCAGACCAUUCACUACUAUGAGCAGAUCACGCUCAAGUCCAUGGUGGGGUCAGGCCAUAAUGUCUCCCAAGAGGCCCUGGCCAUUAAGCGGAUGCUGGAGAUGGGAGCCGUCAAGAACCUCACGUCCUUCUGACCUGGGCAAGAGUUGAAGCCUGUCGGUUGCCUACUCUGCUGUCUGGGUGACCCCCGUCCGUGGCUGUGGGGGUGCCUGGUGCCAGUAUGACCCACUUGGACUCACCCCCUCUUGGGGAGGGAGUUCUGGGCCUGGCCAGGUCUGAGAUGAGGCCAUGCCCCUGGCUGCUCUUAUGGAGGCGAGAUCCAGUCAGGGUGGGGGCGCUGGAGCCGUGGGAGCCCGGCCAGGGCAGGGGGCUCGUUGCUGUGGCACCCCCUCUCUGCCAGCACCAAGAGAUUAUUUAAUGGGCUAUUUAAUGAAGGGGUAGGAAGGUGCUGCGGGCUGGUCCCAUGCAUCCAGGAAAGAGGCCAGUAGGGUAUUCUGCCCACUUUUUAUAAAAACCUAAGUGAUGGCCCCACCAAGGCCUAGACACAGCACCGGCCUCCCAGGAGGGCAGGGGCAUUGGGAAUGGGUGGGUGCCCUCCAGAGAGGGGCUGCUGCCUCCCAGCGGGCAUGGGAAGAGCACUGGUGUGGGGGUUCCACCGAGAAGGGGACCUCAUCUAGAAAAGAGGUUACAAACCUACCAUUAAACUAUUUUUCCUAAAAUGGAA